AUGGCAGAGAGGCAGGUUCUAGUGCUAGAUGGCUGAGACCAUCUCCUCGGUUGCCUGGCGGCCAUUGUGGCCAAGCAGGUACUCCUGGGCCGGAAGGUGGUGGUUGUACGCUGUGAGGGCAUCAACAUUUCUGGAAACUUCUACAGAAACAAGUUAAAGUAUUUGGCCUUUCUCAGGAAGUGGAUGAACACCAACCCCUCUCGUGGCCCCUAUCACUUCAGAGCCCCAAGCCACAUUUUUUGGCGCACUGUGAGAGGCAUGCUGCCCCACAAGACCAAGAGAGGCCAGGCUGCCCUGGAACACCUCAAGGUGUUGGAUGGAAGCCCUCCACACUAUGACAAGAAAAAGCAGAUGGUGGUCCCUGCUGCCCUCAAGGUUGUGCGGCUGAGGCCUACCAGAAAGUUUGCUUACCUGGGGCGUCUGGCUCAUGAGGUUGGGUGGAAGUACCAGGUGGUGACAGCCACUCUUGAGAAGCAGAAGGAAAAGGCCAAGAGGCUGCGGAAACAAGCAGAGAAGAAUGUGGAGAAGAAAAUCAGCAAGUUCACAGAGGUCCUCAAGACUCCUGACCAAGAUCCACUAUCAGAAAAGAAGCAGCUUUUGAGGCUGCGGAAACAAGCAGAGAAGAAUGUGGAGAAGAAAAUCAGCACAGAAGAAAAACCACAGAGGUCCUCAAGACUCUGUUGUGUGCUGUGCCCACACAACAAGCACUUGGCUUUUGUGGCUUCAGGAGACAACAGUCAGAGACACGGCACAGAAGCCUUCGAGAGCGCUAAACUAGUUAAACCCCAUGCUCAGCUGCUGCAGUCGUUAGAACACCAGUGUGCUGUGUUUGUACACUGCGAAUUUGAGACG